AUGAGUCCAUACUGCGGCGAGAUGAUACACGGUGAAGCGGUCUGCCAGGACUGGAUUUCUAUAGAUCUGUGCGGCCAAGCAAAAGCAUCUAGGCGGCAGCUCUCGACAAGGUCAGGUCAGGAUGGCCCAACAAGUCGACCUCGCCAUCACGGGACGUGGUGCAGGAUUAUAUGA